ACGAUACGUAUUAAUUGAUACAAAUAUUGUGUCAGUAGCUCAGUAUCCAAUGAACAUUCGAACCGAGAGAACAUAAAAUGGUGCGUGAUUUUCUUCUUUGUUUAUUCUUUGUGACAUUAGCCAAUUCGUACACAGAUGUACUAUUUAACGACUUGCUUGAUGAAGAUCCACCUACUAUUGAUGCCGAUUUAAUGAAUUUUAUUCCUGACAAGACGUACACGGGAGAGAAAGUCAAUAUAAAAUUAUUCUACGAAUGCUUCUGUCCAGGUUGCAGAGAUUUUGAGAGCACUGAAUUUAAUGAAGCAAUCAAUAAGUUGAAUGACUAUCUUGAUAUUCAAACUUAUCCCUACGGAAAUGCUGAGACAAAAGAACAUGACGGUAAAGUGGAAUUUAUAUGUCAACACGGGCCUAGUGAAUGCUACGCAAACAAACUUCACGCAUGUGCCUUGGAUAUAAUUACAAAUCACACAGCUGCAUUACUGUUUAAUAUCUGCAUGAUGGAUAAUUCACAAGAAAACUUGGGAUCAGAUGACGAAGCCGCUGAUAAGUGUGGGGCAAAUAUGAGAAUAGAUUCAACGCCCGUAAAAUCUUGUGCCAAAGGAGCUAAGGGCAUAGAACUGCUAAAAUACUACGGAUUAGAAAGCAAUAAAGUUAAUUUUAAGUAUGUGCCAUUCAUUCUUAUAAAUGGAGAAGAGAAUAAAGGACAAAAUUUUAUCCAAGAUGUAUGCAAAUAUUUCUCGAAGCCACCACCACCCUGCCUUGGUUUAAAAAACUAAAAAAUAAUUGUCUCACAAUAUAAUAUUUUUUGUUUACUUAUUUUAAAUUAAAGCAAUCGGUAAUUAUAUUAUAACAGAGAAAAUACCACCCAACCGCUAAAUUAUAUGUAUGAUUUUCUAUAAUUAUAUGUAAUAUAAAAUAACUAAAUUCAUGUAAUGAGGAAUAAUAUUGAUACCUUCCUUAUAACUAGGCCUGUGUAUAGAAUACACACAUCCUAGAUUAUAGUAAAUGUUUUAAUCCAAUAGUAUAAUAAUUGCAAAUAAAUUACAUAUUUAGGAGCAUAAAUGUCCUAUAAGUUAAAUUUGCAAGUCACUAUAAUACGCACUUUAACCCUUCGCCAAUACAAAAAUUGAGAUAUACAAAAACAGGAUAACUUGAGGCUGUGGAUUUUCCUUAUUUUAUCUUAUUACCAACGAAACUACAUUAGGUUACGUAUCUCUCAACCAAUUGUACGCUACAUUACAUUAACCACGAGCUGAUUUUUAAAAUUUAUUUAACAAUUUGUGUCACACUUAUGGUUCACCUGUUUAAUUAAUCUGUUAUUGUUUAUUUAUUUUUCUUUAUCAACGUCCAUCUCCCUACUUCAUGACCUGGAUGAAGCUGUUACACAGUAAUAAAAAAUAUGAAUAAUA